CAAAUGAAGGCGCCAAUCGUGUACGCGAUAAGGGGACACUUUUUAUGCGUGUAAAUGCGGACGGCGCGCGAGAGAAGCGAUUCAACGUGUUCGCGCGAUGAGCAACUGGACGCCACUUCCGUGGGCGAACGUCGUUAACUCCGGGAUGACGGUUUCGAGACGCGCCGCGGCGAAAUUGAGACCGCGGGGCGAUGUGAGGUUACCCGCGUAGGAAACCCGGCGCCGCGAAGUUGCUUGCGUUUACUCUGAGAUUCGAUCAUUGAUUGUGACUUCGAAAAUCGCAAUCAGUUCGAAAGUCGCGAUCGGCGUCAACGGUUGGUCGAUCGGUCUGUCUGUAUGUGCGUGUGCGUGCGUGCGUGCGUGCGUGCGUGUGCGUAAGAUCUGAUUCUCUCCCGGUGGACGGAAAGGAAAGAAAAUUUCCAGACUCGCCCGCGGUCGUGUCGUCGUGCUCGCGAGAACUGGUCGAGUCGCAAAAUUCACGCGUGUGAGCGCGAAUCGUGAAAAUCCCACGGGACGACUGUCUCGGCGCACGUCGUGUGCCCGGCAUCGUCGAUCGACGGAACGUAAACAACGCGUUUUCCCGCAUGACCGCUCUGACCUUACACUGGUGAUAUUCGACGAAGAAGUCUGUGUUGCUGAAUCAAUCAAUUGUUGCAUCGAGUUAAUUGUUAAUCUCAUUUUAUUGCAUCUCCUGGGCGGUCUUUGUGUGUACUUCUUGGAUGAUAUCGUCAAGGUGAAGCGAACUAUGCCAACGAACUUGCGGUGAGCGACUGUGCGCCUCAGACGUCGCGGGUCAGUUCGAACCUGCACAGCAGCAGUAGCAUGGCGGUGAGCCGCGUCCCGAGCCCACCACCGCCGGAAGUGAACACCCCCGUAGCCGAGAAUUGGUGUUACACGCAGGUGAAGGUGGUUAAGUUCAGCUACAUGUGGACGAUAAACAACUUCAGCUUUUGCCGCGAGGAGAUGGGGGAGGUGCUCAAGUCGUCCACGUUCUCAGCCGGGGCCAACGACAAGCUGAAAUGGUGCCUGAGAGUGAAUCCUAAGGGCCUGGAUGAAGAGAGCAAAGACUACCUGUCGCUGUAUCUCCUUCUCGUUUCGUGCAACAAAUCCGAAGUCAGAGCAAAGUUCAAAUUUUCUAUUCUUAAUGCCAAAAGAGAAGAAACCAAAGCAAUGGAGAGCCAGCGUGCUUACAGGUUCGUUCAGGGUAAAGAUUGGGGCUUCAAGAAGUUCAUCAGGAGAGACUUCCUUCUGGACGAGGCCAACGGACUGCUACCGGAUGACAAACUCACGAUAUUCUGCGAGGUAUAUAACUUUGUCAGCGUCGUGGCGGACAGUGUAAACAUCUCGGGGCAGAGUAAUACGAUACAAUUUAAAGUGCCGGAAUGUCGGCUGCCCGACGAUCUUGGGCUGCUGUUCGAGAGCCAAAAAUUUAGUGACGUAACGCUCACUGUCUGCGGAAGGGAGUUCCAGGCGCACAAAGCAAUUCUCGCAGCGCGAAGUCCUGUUUUCUCGGCGAUGUUCGAACACGAGAUGGAGGAGAGAAAGAAAAAUCACGUUGAUAUCACAGACGUGGACCACGAAGUUCUGAGAGAAAUGUUGCGAUUUAUCUAUACUGGUAAAGCAGCAAAUCUGGAGAAGAUGGCGGACGAUCUGUUAGCCGCGGCGGAUAAGUACGCGCUGGAGAGGCUGAAGGUGAUGUGCGAGGAAGCACUUUGUACGAGUUUAGCCAUUGAGAACGCGGCUGAAAUUCUCAUACUUGCCGAUCUCCAUAGCGCUGAUCAGCUGAAGGCACAGGCGAUAGACUUCAUUAAUACACACGCGACGGACGUGAUGGAUACCGUGGGUUUCAAGUCCAUGGUGAAUUCUCAUCCGCACCUGAUAGCGGAGGCUUUCCGGGCUUUGGCGACCCAGCAGAUCCCACCGAUUGGACCGCCCAGGAAACGAGUGAAACAGAGCUGAAAGCAGUCACCGCUGACCCCGGGCACGACCUCCACAUCGCCUCCACCACUUUUGCAUCCCUCUUGAACCUUUGUGUACAGUGAUAUAAUGAUGAAGUAUAGUAGUGCUAAAUAAAUGUUUCCUAGUGCGCCUCUGGUCUAAAAUAAAAAAGAAUCGACGACAAGGACCGACGGCGGAAAUCAUCCGAUUAUCCGACGAAACUUCGGUUUCGGAGAGUACUCAAAUAUAUCGAUGAGAGGAGAGAGAGAAUCGUCUUGUCCGUUCAGUCAAUCGAGGGCGAGUUUAUCACUCCCCCCCACACACACGCACACACGCUCGGACUCUUGUGUUCAAGUGUGUAAGUGUUGGUAGUGAGGAGAACUCGACGUGACGCGGCCAUCAUCAGCAGUGCUGUUCGUUCCAUUUCCGCGCGUUAAUAGAGAGAAGAACGAGAUGUCCGAAAGCAGCCUACGUAUUCGCAUUCACAUUCACACAUCCCCCCAUCAGCAUUUGUGAACUAUACUUCUCGGCCGGUCUGAGCGCGAGUUGAUUCAGCAACAGCACAGCAGCAUCAUAGUCGCAUUGCGCUCGUUUUCUUCAAUGCCAAUACCGAUGCCAAUCGAGCUUGGCGACACGUUGGAACGUGUCAUCAGGAUUAUCAUCGUCAUCGGACUCGCUUUCGUUUUUGUUGUCAUUGAACGAAUGGACCAGAAGCGGAUGGACGGUCGCGCGCAAGACGUUAAAAGACAUACGGAAUAUACAGCCAGAGAGGACCAAGGAAAGGCGACGAACUCGUCGCGAUUGCCGUAACAGCAGCAGCAACAACAACAACAACAACAGCGCCCGAUGCACGAAGGAAGUUGUGAUAGACGUCGGCCAGACGAUUUAAACAUUUUGUUCCUUUGUCAGAAAGAAAGAAAGAAUAGCACGAGGAGAAAAGAUGGAUCAAACGCUUGUCCCCUAGCGCCCCGUACGCUCGAUGCGUCGAGAGUACAGAGAGAAUUAGAUACUUUGUUUGUUUUUACCGAUAGUAGUGAUCUUUUUUAGUUUUAGCGCGUCUCAAACUCUUCCAAGACGGAGAAAAUAAUUCUAGUUAGUGUUCUUUUUUAUGAUCUCUUUCUCUGAAUUACACAUGUACGAUUAUAUUAUUAUUACUAUUAAUGCUACGCAAUCUGUGCCCUAUGUAUUUUUGUAUAUUUUUGUCUACAGGUAAAGAAACUCAUCUUUCCUUCCUAUCCCUUUUGCCGCGAUAAACCCUUUUUCCCCCGCCCCCCCUCCCCCCAUUCCCCGCCAAGUUAGUAGGCACAGUUUGUCUUGUUUUCUGGAGUAUUGCAUACUGUAAGCGAAGUGAUAGGAUCGAAUUAUUAUUAUUAAUUAUUAGUAAUGAUUAUGUUAUUAAAUUUAAGGUUGUCCAUAAUUUAUAUUAUAUCGGAUCUACGUUGAAUGUAUCGUGGGGAUAUCUGUCCGCGCAUUGCUGGUUACAUUACGUUAUUUUAGAGACGUUAUGAUCCGUAUAUUUCGAGGUUGGUGAACAACGUUAAUGCACGUUGGAAUAAAAAUGGACGAAAGAAGAAUGAGGAAAGAAAAAGCAUUAAAAAAAAAAAGGAUCGUGUAAAAUAGGAAACGUUAGUCAAUUAUAUAGCGCGGUCGUUCAUCGCUCCCCUUCUCAUUUCGUGUCGUUAAUUUGAUUGGUCUGCAAAAAUUGCGUGUGGUCAAUGAAUCUGAAUUAUGGGCAACCGCAGAGGCGAAAAUAAAUAAUCAAUCGUUUAGUACCGUGUACUGGCUUCCUGAUCCUCCGAUCUUUUAGCUUUACCGAAAGCCGAGUUUUAAAUAUGUGGAAUACUUAUUACCAUUUACACAUCAUUAAUGAUGACAAUUAAUGCCAUACAUGUUCUGUGAUAAGACCACUUGUAAUUACUGCAAUUGUAUAAUCGAUCCUUUCUAGAGACAGACUUACCCCCCGAUCCCCCCUUCCCCCUUGACGAUCCUGGCAGCCAGUGAAUUUACUUGUUAUAUAAAAUACAUAUGAUAAGCGACAGUCGUUUUCCGAACAGUCCCAAACCUAGCGCGAUCACUAUCGAUUUUAAGAUUUUUACACUGUACAUAUCUGCUGCUGUGUAUUUUAUAAGAAUGGAACAAACUCACACGUACGAGGAUCCCAUACUUUUACGAAAACCGUACAAUAAUUAACAAUAUUUAAUUUAUUUCAAUUUUUACAGACUGCGCUAAACUCAUGUUCCUUGAAAACACACUAUGCUUUAAUUUUAAAUAUAAUGUAACGCCGAAAAAUUAAUACAGAUUAGGAGAUAUACGCCAUUCGUUGUGUAGUGCCAUCGGGCGAUGAGAUAUUGCGUCAAAGAUCAAAGAUUGAACCGGAUGGAAAUCUAGUUAGAAGAAUUUUUCACUGUUUUCUACAUCAAUCUUUUUAUUUGGGUCUUAGAAUGAUACAUAGGACUUAAAUAAGAAGGAAAAAAAAUAAAAAAAUAUAAGUAUAUUAGACACAAAAGCAGGUAUAGUAGCAAUUUAAGGAACAGAUUUUGGCCAAGUGCUAAUUCACAUUUUUAAAAAUCUGCGACCAUUCUCCAAUUCUCAUAUCUAUCUUUGGGACUGUGCGGCGAUUUUUCUUUCGUGAACACACACACACACACACACACACACACACACACACACAAAGUUGAAUGUCAUUUCUUAAAGAAAACAAAAGAAAAGAAAUGGAAAAAAUUUACGCGAAGGGCAGAAUUGAGUUAAUUCUGAGAUAGCAAUUCGUAAAAUACAGAAAGAAAAAACAAUAUACUGUACACAUACAUACACACACACACACAUGUACACACAGAUGUAGGCGCAAUUCCGUACGAAUCCGCAGCAAAAAUAAUACGAGCGUAUGACUGGAUAUAAUUUGAUAAACUAUUAAGUACAAGUAAGACAAGUGUUACCUCAUCAUGAUGAAAACCGGCGCGUGUCGAUGAUCGGAGAUCACUACCGCCACUAGCUACUACCGCACGUCCGCUCUCUGACACUCACACAGACAGACAGAAUACCUAUUGUACCAAGAUGAGUCAAAGAAACGGGAAAUUUUCUCUGCGUAAUGUAUUAAUUAAAAUUAAUUGAAUGAAGUUUCCAAGUUUUAUUUCUCUUAAAAUUUUUCCGUUCUUUGGCCCACCCUGUAUAUUGCAUUUAAAAAUUCGAAGCGCUCUUUUGUAACAAUUGAUCGUUGCGGUAGUGACUGAUUAGCGAGAAGUGUUACGCGCGUCGCUCAUUGAACCCGGCUCAUACACGCAGACAUUCAUUUUCCAUUUUACUUUAAGUCAUUGCACCACAUCAAAUAAAUGACAUUUUCAUUAUAUAACAA